AGCCCUGUAAAAGUCCCAUGGGGAGGGGGGAAAUUCACACGUUUUAAACAGUCGGCUACAUGCAAUGGAUUGAUUUAGCAGUUGAAUGGCAUUCUUUCAGAUGAUUUAAGAACGUUACAUUGUAUCAUGUUACUUUCCCUUUAAUAUUUUCUCCCGCGUUUAAUCAAGUUGAAAGUUCAACGGAAGUGUACACGGUGUCAGCAAACGCGCCAACAAAGAAUAGUGAAAGAAAGAACAGGCACUUACCCUGACAUUUUCCUGGAAAAUCUGUGUUCAUUUAGUUAGCGACACUACGCUGUAUGCUCAGUCAGUCACGUAACUAACAUGACAGAGGAAACAGCAGCUGCUUCAAGCUCAGGAAGUCUUGUCUAUAAUUGACUGCAGGUGUCACUGUUUCAGCAUGGAUGAAAAGCCUGGGUCAUCAAGUGCUGUGGCAGCAGACGGCUCUGUCGAUGUGAUGGCGGAGGCAAAGAAGCUGAUCGGUGCUGGGAACAGGCACCUGGUGAUGGGGGAUGUCGUUUCUGCAGUCCACGUGUUCCAGGAGGCUUGUGGCAUACUGGCUGAGCGGUAUGGGGACACUGCAGAUGAGUGUGGAGAGGCCUUCUUCCUGUGUGGGAAGUCUCUACUGGAGCUUGCCAGGGUGGAGAACACUGUCCUUGGUAAUGCUCUUGAGGGAGUCCCUGAGGAGUCCUCUGAGGAGGGAGGAGAGGGAGAGAAGCCGGACAACUCAAAGUUUGAGAGUGCCGACAACUUGGACGACAAAACAAGGGACGAGCUUCGAAUGCAGGUUUAUGAUGCGAUGGCAGAGAAAAAAACGACUAAUGGAGAGGACGGCAAAGCUGAGCCAAAUGAGAAAGGGAAGAGUGAAUCUGAGGCAGUGGCAGAGGGGAAGAAGGAAACCAUGGCAAAGGAAGAGGGUGCUGCCAAAUCUCCUGCCAAGAAUGGGCAUGAUGAGAAGUCUGAGCCUCCUGUGAAUGGGGUGGAGGAGACUCCUUUUGCUCCUGAAGAUGAAGCUAGAAAAGAGGAAGCUGUAAAGGAGAUUGGCGUGAAGACUUCUGAAGAGCAGAAUGGAGAGGAGGCUGCGGAGGAGAAGAUGGAGGAAGAGGGUGAAGAUGAUGAUGAUGACGACGAUGAAGGGGAAGGCACUGCUGAAGACAAAGAGAGUGAAGACGAGGAAGUGGGGAACCUGCAACUGGCUUGGGAGAUGCUGGAGGUUGCCAAGGUCAUCUACAAAAGAAAGGAGAACCAGGAGGACCAGUUGAUGGCUGCUCAGGCCUAUCUGAAGUUGGGAGAAGUUGGCGCAGAAUCUGGUAACUACCCUGCAGCUGUGGAGGACUUCCAGGACUGCCUGUCCCUGCAGCUGAAGCACUUGCCCCCCCACAGCCGCCUGCUGGCCGAGACCCACUACCAGCUGGGCAUGACCUACUGCUACACAGGCCAGUACAGCCAGGCCAUCCAGCACUACAGCAGCUCUGUCAAAGUCAUCGAGAGCCGCCUGGCCAUGCUCCAGGAGGUGAUCGACAAGGCGGAAGGGGAAGACGGAGCCAAAGAGAAGAUUGAGCUGGAAGAGCUGAAGCUGCUGCUGCCUGACGUCGCUGAGAAGGUGGAGGACGCCAAGGAGAGCCAGAGUAUGGCAGGAUCAGCCUCUGUGGCCAUACAGCAGACCCUGGCUGGAGCUUCUACUGCGUCAACAUUCCCAUCGUCGUCAGGAUUCUCCUCUUCCUCAUCGGCAUCUGCAGAAAACGGUGGACCUUCAUCUUCCUGUUCAUCAGCAUUCGGAACCAGUCGGAUCCCUGUCAGAUCUGCAGCCGAUGGUGCGUCCUCCUCCAAAUCGGCAUCUGACAUUUCCCACCUGGUCAGGAAAAAGAGGAAAACGGAGGAGAGCCCCGUAAAGGACACUGACGCUAAAAAGACCAAGCAGGAAACUACAGUUAAUGGCAGCGGCGUCCAGGAGAAAGGGUCACAGGAGCCCGGCAAGCUGUCCGCCUCUGUGGAAUCCUCGGUGUGAUGUCACUUCCUCUUGACUUCCUGAUCUUCUAGCCAGCAGAGCAUGCCUGCCCCUUUCGCCCACUUACACUUUUGUUUCUGUAAAUAUGACAAUUUUUCACAUGUUUUUGUAUACUUAUAGUAAUAAAAGUUCAUUAGAGUAUUUGCAAA